AUGUCAUCAAUUGGGAGCUUUGAAGGAUUCCAGCCUGUGUCUCUGAAGCAAGAGGGAGAUGACCAACCAUCUGAGACUGAUCAGCUGUCCAUGGAGGAUGGAGACUUAGGCAAGGACCCAGUACCAUCAAGGUCUACUUCAAGGCAGCCAAGUGAGAUCAGAUCAACACUUUAUCCCAAUCCUUAUCAUCAGCCUUACAUCUCACGGAAAUACUUCGUUACACGGCCAGGGGCUAUUGAAACUGCCAUGGAAGAUUUGAAAGGCCGCAUAACUGAGACUUCUGGAGAGAAUAUUCAAGGUUUCUGGCUCUUGACUGAGAUUGACCACUGGAAUAAUGAGAAGGAGAGGAUUUUGAUCAUUACAGACAAGUCUCUCCUGAUCUGCAAAUAUGACUUCAUCAUGCUUAGCUGUGCACAGCUGCAGCACGUUCCCCUGAGCUGUAUCUACCGCAUCUGCCUGGGCAAGUUUGCCUUCCCUGGGUUGUCACUGGACAAGAGACAAGGAGAAGGCCUGAGGAUCUACUGGGGGAGUCCAGGCCAGCCGUCCCUGCUGUCCCGCUGGAACCCUUGGUCUACUCAGAUGCCAUAUGCUACCUUCACUGAACACCCAAUGAAAUAUACCAGUGAGAAGCUGCUUGAAAUUUGCAAGUUGCCUGGGUUCACAUCUAAGCUUAUUCCAGCUAUCCAGAAUGCCCAUGAGAACUCCCAGGAAUCUGGAAGAGAAAAGGAACUGAUGGUGUUAACUGAACCCAUUUUGAUUGAAACCUACACAGGACUAAUGUCAUUCAUUGGAAACCGCAACAAACUUGGCUAUUCCCUUGCCCGUGGGAGUAUUGGUUUUUAA